AUGUUGAUUAAUAUUAUUUUUCUUAUUAUUAUUGUUAAUUAUGUUCAAUCUCAAACAGAACUUAUUUUACCACCAUUACCUUAUGAAUAUAAUGCACUUGAACCAGUUCUUUCGGAACAUUUAAUGAAAUUACAUCAUGAUAAACAUCAUCAAGCAUAUACAACAAAAGCUAAUGCUGUACUUAAAUCUAUUAUAAUUGAUGAAACAUCUAAUGAUCAAUUAAAAGAUUUGGUUAAACAACCAAUUGAAGUUAUUCUUUCUCAUCUUCAAGAGUUACCAGAAAAAUAUCAAUUAACAUUAAGAAAUAAUGGUGGUGGUUUUAUUAAUCAUAAACUUUUCUUUUCAAUGUUACGUAAACCAACAGUUACAGCUGCUGAAAAUCUACCAACAGGUCUAUUGCUUGAAGCAAUUGAAAAUAGUUUUAGUUCAUUUGAUAAAUUCAAAGAUAUGUUUACUAAUGCAUCAAUCAAUCUUUUUGGUUCCGGUUGGAUUUGGCUCUUUGUUGAUGCACAAACAAAACAACUUGCUAUAAAUUUUACUGUUAAUCAAGAUAAUCCAAUUAUGUUCGACAAAGAUCAUGUUGUUCUUUUAGGUAUUGAUGUUUGGGAACAUGCUUAUUAUCCUGUUUAUGAAAAUCGUCGUAAUGAAUAUGUAGAUAACUUUUGGCGUAUUAUUAAUUGGGAUUUUGUGGAAUCACUUUAUACUCAAGGCACUACUAAACGUCAUGACCUUUAA